AUGUCCCCGCCUUACUCCGCCCGUCACGUUCUGCUCGAUCCCUCCCACGGCAUCAAAUGUCCCGCGCGAGGCCACCUGGUCAAGUCCCGCUGGUCGUGGCUCCCCGUGUCCAUCAUCCUCCUGGCCGUCUACGCCACCCUCGCGUCAUGUUUCUAUCUGGUCGUCGCCCUGGUGCGACCCCGGUUUGGCGAUCGCAUUGGCGUGGGAGGGCUGGACCCGGCCACAGCAACGCUGCUGAGCGCCCUGAUAGCCAAGACAAUCGAACUGUCGUACGUGACGGUGUGCGUGGCCUUCGUAGGCCAGGUCCUCUCGCGGCGCGCCCUGCUCCGACGCUCGCGCGGCAUCACCAUCCCCGAGAUGAACCUGCGCACCUGGAUAAUGCAACCGGGCUCUCUCCUCGUCCAAGGCGAGAUGCUGCGACAGGCGGCCGGCACCGUACUGGGAGUGCUCGCCCUGACGGCCGCCAUCGUCUCGAUGCUGUACACCACCGCCGCCGAGGCCCUCGUCGCUCCCAAGCUGAUUCUCGGUCACGUCGAGUCGCUCCAGUUGAUCGGCCGCGUCUCCGCGGAUUUUGCCGACCCUGAGAUCCUGGGCGAGCAAUGUGCUAGCCCGAUCCCGCUCGCGAUGGACCCGGACAAUCGGAACAGAACCUGCAUGGAGCUGCUGCACACCGGCCAGGCCUACCACAACUACAGGGCAUGGCUCAACGCGUGGAGCACCAUCCGCGAUCCCACCGACGACCUCGCGCACCGGCCGCCCCCCAUGGGCUCUCUCUGGGACAACACCACCCUGAUCGGCCAGUGGAUCGACCGCGAGAACAGUGACGUGGCGGAGCUUUCGGAGCGCUACCAUCGGCUCAUCCUCAACGUCACGGCGGCGAUGCCCCAUGGCGGCGUUUUCGUGGCGACCAACGACCCAGUCAACGGCAUCCCCCAGCCCCAGGUCCGCGGCGAGGGCGAUUUCGAGCUUGACGCCGCCGUCGCGGCCCCGGCCGUUAACGUUCUCUGCGCCGGCAUGACAAGUGAGGAACUGGCUCCGCUCGUCUGGACUGAGUGGCCGGAGGGCUCCAAGGACAAGCUCGACGUCCCUGCCUGGCUCCAGAACAAACCCCAAGGCGUCCCGGACUACCCGGACUACCUCAACCGCACCGUCGUUGACGAUCUCUUCGGCUGGGGCCCGAAAUACGGCCAACGGCCACCCGUUUUCGGCCGCUUCCCCAGCGCAUACAACACCGUCCUUAACACCACCGGCCUCGCACCCGCGGACUCGGUCUUCCUCCUUGGCACCACGCCCAACCCCUCCACCGACGAUCCGCCCUACGUGCUUUGCGCGCUCAAAGCGAAGCUCUCGCCGCGGUGUUCAACCCACUACGAGGCGUCAGCCACCGGCGCCAACCUCACCGUUAACUGCCAGUCGCCCACCAACUCCAUGCAGUACGAUCGCUUCCACCCCGACGACCCAGACGGAGAAUGGAGCCCCAACUGGAAGAAUGUCGCGUCACUGUGGAGCACAUCGCUCAGCCUGGGCACGGGAAUGCUCGACGGCGCCUCCAGCAACGCCCGACUGCUGAUGCAGCUCGUCCCCACGGGGCAGCCACGAGCCCUGCCCGCCGAGCGGCCCUCCGUCGCCGAGGGUCUCGCCGUCCUCGCUGGUAGCACACUUCUCCUCUCCACGAUGAGCACCUCAUUCCGCACCGCGUGGCCCUACGCCGACCGUAAGGACAGCAUUUUGCACAACCCCGUGCCAGAGACCUGCGAGGCAACUCUGCGCGCGGUGGGCUACGCGUCGGGGGGUUCUCAUCCGUGGCAACGGGUGUUCUACCUCGUCCUAGGGGCGGCCUUUAUCACCAGCGUCGUCUAUCUAGCUUUUCUUCUGGGAGAGGCGCGCGGCGAGCAAAUCACGGACUUUACGGAGCCGCCGAAUCUGUUCGCACUAGCGUUGAAUAGCCCUGCGUCGACGCGGGUGCAGGGGGCGUGUGCGGAAGGCCCGACGGGCGCGGUCCUCGAGGAGCAGUUCAACAUUGCGGCAGCGAAUGACGAGGGACAUCUCUUUAUUGCUGGUAAGGGGGAUGGGUAUGCUCAUGCGACGGGGGUGGAUGGGGGAGCGGAGGUGGGGGGUGGGAGUCCGGUGAUGCAGGAGUAUCGACGGUUGGCGAGGGGACGGACUCUCUGUUCAUGGUUUUAUUAG